CGUACAUUUGUUUGUGAAUUCUCUUAUUAUUAUUGAUGUCGGCUAUCCAAUAAUUUACUUAAAUGUUAAUGAAGGUGAUUUAGUGAGAGUGAAGCACAUCUCCACAGGAGCAACAGAAGAUUCUCCCCUUAUUAAAUGCGGUAUUUAAUAUGAUCCAAAAUUAGAAGUAACACAUUAAAAUACAGUAGCAACUUUGUGUUUUGGGUGUUUUACAACCAGAUUGAACAUCACUGUAGUGUUUAUGACAUGAUUUUGCACAUUUCACUGCUGCUGUACAGGACGAGUGCUGAGUGUUGAGGGUGAGUUAGAAACUAAUACUGUUUGUAGUGUAAUAAUUCUGCAAUCCUCUGAAAACGUCACUCGUACUGCUUCACAAUUGGGGAUUUGCUUUUGUUAAUUCUAUUAAGUGUAAUUUACAGAUCAAUAAAAAACUAAGUUAAAGAGUUGUUUAAUUAUUUAUUCUAAGUGAUUCUGGCUAGUGCACUAGAGAAGUGAUUGAGACACAGGCAGAGGUUUAGUGUUGAGUUCUUCUUGUUUGUGUUGAUUCUUCUCCUCUUAAACAGACAGAGAAACUCCUGCUGAAGCGACUGAGCUCCACUAUUAUAAAGAUGGCCUUUAUUAAAGAGGAGAGUGAAGACCUGAAGAUUGAAGACACAUUCACAGUCAAACAUGAAGAUGCUGAGCAGAUAACAGUAGAGUUGAUUGAUCUGAAAGAGGAGACUGAAGUACUCAUUGAAGUAGAAGAGAACGACCAAUAUAAGAAUCAUCUUGGUUUCAAAACUGAAGAAGCAUCCUUUAGUUGCUCAGAUACUGAGAAGACUUCCUCACAGAAAAGAACCCAAAGAUCCAGAGGUGAAAAAUCUUUCAUCUGCCAACAGUGUGGAAAGAGUUUUAGGCAACGUAAGCAACUUAAGAUCCACACCAGGAUUCACACUGGAGAGAAACCUUACUCCUGCCAAGAGUGUGGAAAGAGUUUCAGUCAAUCUUCUGCACGUAAAGUACACAUGAGGAUUCACUCUGGAGAGAAGCCGUUUACCUGUGAGCAGUGUGGAAAGAGUUUCAGACAAAAAAAAAACCUUGUUGGACACAGAAGAAUUCACACUGGAGAAAAGCCUUACACCUGCACACUGUGUGGAAAGAGCUUCAGUCAAGUUGCAGGGCUUGAAAUCCACAUGCGAAUUCACACUGGAGAAAAGCCCUUCACCUGCCAAGAGUGCGGGAAGAGUUUCAACAGUAAAGAAACCUUAAAAUGCCACAUGACAGUCCACUCAGGAGAGAAGAUUUUCACCUGCAAACCGUGUGGAAUAAGCUUCACUCAAAAGGUCAGCUUUAAGAAACACGUUUUAGUCCACAAUAGCGAGCAGCCGUUCACCUGCAGUCAGUGUGGAAAGAGUUUUGAUCAAGAAGAACAUCUCAAAGUUCAUAUUAGAGUUCACUCUAAAGAGAAACGCUUCACGUGUUCUACCUGUGGGAAGGGGUUCUAUGAUAAGCAACGCUUUGAAGACCACAUGAGGAUUCACAAUGGAGAGCAACCCUACACGUGCCCUCACUGUGGAAAGACUUUCAGCUACAAAAAGAACAUGAAUGCCCACAUGAGAAUCCACACUGAGGAAAGGUCUUUCACCUGUGACCAGUGUGGAAAAGACUUCAACCAAAUAGGACACCUCAACAUACACAUGAGGGUUCACACCGGAGAGAGACCCUUCAGGUGUGGUCAUUGUGGAAAGAGUUUCAAACAUGAUUCAGGGCUUAAAUACCACAUGAACACCGCUCACAAAUGUACACAUUAGGGCGCUUUCACAUCUGCAGUUCGCUUCAUUUGGUCCAGACCAGUUGAGAAGAACCAAAAUGCAGUCAUCUGACAAAAUCCACAUCACUUAUUGGCCAGAUUUUAUUGAGCGUAUUUCCUAAACUGAUUUUCGAUUGGUCAGAAUUAACACGUAGGAAAAUGCCAAUGGAACUCCAGCAGGUAAACAAACCGACAGACACGAAUGUGGCUUUUGACUCUGGAGGGACGGCUGAACUGGCUGAUUGUGUCCCUGCUCAGUUUGUACUAUAUAGUUUGUAUACAUCAGUUUAGACUAACUCUAGCUACAUUUCGAGAAUGAAGCGCAGCUGCCGCUGGAAAACAAUGUUUAAAGCAUUACAAACAGCGAAGGCACAUUCCACGUCACUUCAGGAGGAGGCGUGUAUUGAUUUAGCUAAACUGCGACAUGGUCAUCUUCUGGAAAUAUUACUAAUGAUCCAUGUUUUUCCCUCUCUCUGUUGGUUAAGCGCUGUCAACAAAUACUUUUCCUCCACAUCCCAUAAUGCACAGCGCAUCAGCCUACGGCAGCUGGAUUAGUCCAAAAAGGCACAGUACUUUUAGCGGUUGGGUCUGUUUUAGUUCGGAUCAUAUUCUCACCACAAACAAACCGCUUCAGGGUUCAUUUGAGAGCGUACCGAUACCUCCUCAUUGGUACGCUUUUUUGGUCCACUUUUUGCUGCGCAUUCGAGUACGAUUGCUGCAUUCACACCUGCCCAAACCAACUGCACCAAGAGGGAAAACCAACUCUUUUGUUAUUCUAGUGGUGUUCGAUUUGAGUCCAACUUUGACACUGUGUGUCUGCUAUAUCAACUUAAGAGUUGGCUUACUAUUUUCUGCCACUGUACUUCAAAUGUUUACAUAUUACACAUGGGCAGUGGUGCACCAGCUGAUCGUAAGUCCUUUUUUUUCUCCUAACUUUAAUGUGUACAACCCCAAAUCGAAAAGAGUUGGGACGGUAUGGAAAACGCGAAUUAAAAAAGAAAGUAGUGAUUUCUAAAUGUACUUUGAUUUGUAUUUCAUUAAAGACAACAUGAACACA